CGCUUCCAUUUAUAUACUCUCCGCUUCUUCCGUCUCUAUCCUUUCUUUCUCUUCUUCUCUGAUCUUUCACUUCUUCAGUUUGCAGUUGACUAAGACAUAAUGACUGCAUUAGAUGUAACACGGACGGAGCUUGCUCUUGCUGUUUUGUAUCUGAACAAAGCCGAAGCGAGGGACAAGAUAUGCAGAGCCAUUCAAUACGGUUCAAAGUUCUUGAGUAAUGGGGAGCCCGGAACUGCUCAAAAUGUUGAUAAAUCGACUAGCUUAGCUCGCAAAGUGUUCCGUCUCUUCAAGUUUGUCAAUGAUCUUCAUGCUCUUAUCAGCCCAAGUGCUCCCGGAACCCCACUUUCACUAAUCUUGUUGGGAAAGUCAAAGAACGCUUUGCUAUCCACUUUCUUGUUCUUGGAUCAAAUUGUAUGGCUUGGAAGAACAGGCAUAUAUAAGAAUAAAGAGCGUGCGGAAUUGCUUGGUAGGAUCUCCCUUUUUUGCUGGAUGAGUUCAUCAGUCUGUACCACCUUGGUUGAGAUUGGGGAGCUUGGAAGACUCUCAGCAUCAAUGAAGAAGUUGGAGGCUGAGCUUAAAAAUACUGACAAACACCAGAACGAGCAAUAUCGCAAUAAACUUCAGAAGUCAAAUGAUAGAUCUAUUGCACUGGUCAAAGCAGGGUUAGAUAUUGUGGUUGCAGUUGGGUUACUUCAGUUGGCACCGAAGAAAGUAACUCCGCGUGUGACGGGAGCCUUUGGAUUUGUUAGCUCUCUCAUAUCUUGUUAUCAGUUGCUUCCUUCACCAGCGAAGGCUAAGACAGCCUAACAGAUUACAGACGCCGAAUGGUUCUCCAUCUGCUGCCAGAAUAAUUCUUCGUACUAAACGACGUGCGAAAGGGUCGGUGUUGCCUAUGUUGUUUCCAAUGGUUUGGUCAUAUGUAGCAUGAAACUUCACUUGCCACACUUAAAAAUUAUGAUCCAUAUGAUCUUUAGCUUUUCUUCUAUUUAGCCAAAACUACUAAAACAGAAUAUUAAUUAAUACUUGAGUGAGAAGUUGAAAGUUUUUUUCCCCUUUCAGUUGACAUAAUGUUUUGAUUUGGAGUGAUGCAUAACAAAAUCUCACCCCACUU